AUGGUAGAAAGUAACGAAAUCAACAUCUACUACGGGAAGAAGUACCCCUUUCUAUGUAGAACAAUACUGAACGUGCACAAGAGUCUCCGCCAGAAGGAGAAUCCCACCGGAAGUGACCACUCGCCAGACGAAAAGGUAAAAUUUGUGAAGGACGAAAAUGUAGAAGAAAUAAAGGUACAGUUUGUGAGCAAGGCAGAAGCGCAAGAGGGAGACAAUUGCAUAAACACGACGAACAAAAUAUUCGCAAAGAAUCUAGACCAGAUAUUGCAAACCAAGUUGUAUCACUCCUUCUGCGAGAAUAACAAAAAAGAAGACAAACAGACGGACGUCUAUGUACAGGCGCAAUACGAUGAGUGGCUAGACUACUUCAGGAACAAACAAGUGCAGAAGGAAAUACUAAUCAUCUGUGACUAUCUCAAUAAACACCUCCAUCUGAAUACAUUCAUAUGUGGAGACUAUUUAACCCUGUCUGAUUUGUACGUGUAUUACGAAAUGUACCGAUAUUUUAACGUGUCCAAUUGUUACAAUGUUAAGUACUGGAAGCAGUUCAGGAAUGUUAACAGGUGGUUUAAAUUAAUUAGCUGUUUAGUGAAUUACCCAGAUGGAGAGCUAACAACAAUGCUGAAGAAGGAAGUCGAAACAAGCCAAGUGGAUAUUACCAAAGAUGCAAACACCAUGCAAUUGUUAAAGCAGAAAAUCGGAUCCACUUCGUACGUUGGCAAAUUGGAGAACGCAGAAAAGGGAAAUGUAGUCACGAGAUUUCCCCCUGAACCAUCAGGCUACCUACACAUCGGCCACGCGAAAGCAGCCUUUCUGAAUAGUUACUAUGCAAAUAUGUACGAGGGGAAGAUGCUACUACGAUUUGAUGACACCAACCCAGCCUUGGAAGACAUCAAGUAUGAGACAUCCAUCAUGGAAGAUCUAGAAAACUUGGGAUUAAAGUAUGAAAAAGUUAGCUACUCUUCGGACUAUUUUGCAACCUUAGAGGAGUACUGCAUUAAGUUAAUCAAAAUGGAUAAGGCUUACGCGGAUGACACCAAUGUAGAAGAAAUGAGGAACCAAAGAGGAGAAGGAAUCGAAUCUAUAAAUAGACAAAACUCGGUGGAGCAGAAUCUACAAUUGUUUGAAGAAAUGCGUAAGGGGUCUGAAAUAGGACAGAAAAAUUGCAUCCGAGCAAAAAUAGACAUGCAGAGUAAGAACAAAUGCAUGAGAGAUCCCGUAUUAUACAGGUGCAUAGUAGAUACACCUCACCACAGACACGGGUUCAAGUUUAAGUGCUAUCCCACCUACGAUUUUGCAUGCCCAAUAAUAGACUCCAUUGAAGGAGUAACACACGCAUUGAGGACAAACGAAUAUAGCGACAGGAUAGAACAAUACAACUGGUUUAUCACCACCUUACAGUUAAGAAAAGUCUACAUUUACGAAUUCAGUCGAAUCUCAUUUGUUAAAACGGUUAUGUCGAAGAGGAAGUUAAAAUGGUUUGUUGAAAAUAAGCUAGUGGAUGGCUGGCUAGAUCCACGUAUGCCCACUAUCAAGGGGAUCCUCAGAAGAGGAUUAACAAAAGAAGCCUUGUUCCAAUUUAUUCUAGAACAGGGACCUUCCAAAUCGGGAAAUCUCAUGCAAUGGGAUAAACUCUGGUCCAUCAACAAACAGAUAAUCGACCCAAUCAUCCCCCGAUUCGCAGCAGUUGAUAAAAAAAAAGGAGUCAUUCUUAAAUUAACUGACUUGACGGAAGACAUUGUUGAAAAAACAAGAGACCUACACAUGAAAAAUAAAUCCCUUGGCACGUGCUCCAUGUUUUAUACCAACCGUUUGUUUAUCGAAUUGGAAGAUGCGCAAACGUUGGCAGAGCAGGAAGAAAUUACCCUAAUCAAACUGGGAAAUGUGAUCAUCACUAGUAUUGUGAAAGGGGACGAUCAUGCAACAAACGCCCCAGAUAUUAAGGAAGUCAUUGCCACGUCCAAUUUCGAUGGAGACUUCAAAACGACAAAGAAAAAAAUCCACUGGUUGCCAUACAUACCCGAAAAAUUAAUCACCUGUACGCUUUACGAAUAUGACCACUUAAUUACCGUCGACAAAUUUGAAAACGACAAUAAGGAAGAUUGGACGAAAUUUAUCAACCCCAGUAGCAAGUACGAGACAGUGGUGUACUCCGAACCAGCCAUUACCUCCCUAAAGGUGUCGGACAAAUUUCAGUUCGAAAGAAGGGGAUACUUCAUUGUCGACAAGGUCGUCAACAGCCACCUUCUUCUGAUUAAAAUCCCCGACGGGAAGUCCAAGAACAUGUCCAUCAUAAGUUCCAAGGUCAACCCGAAAAAUUUGGCAGGCACUAAAAACAAGGCCCCCGACGCCUCGGAAAAAGCUGCCAAGGGGGAUCAAGCCCCCGACGGGAACAAGUAG